AUGGUCUGCGGCUGUGGCCGCUGGCAACACAACGCCGACGGUCAAGGCGCCCUAGUGCAGAUGCUGCCCGCCGCGCGCCGCGCACGGAGCAGAGUCGUCCUAGCCGCCGGGCGUGGAGAGUCUGGCGCCGAGCAUUGGCGUGAGACAUCCCUGGCCGCAGGGCAUGUAGAUGAGGAAGGAGGAGAAGAAGCAAAGAGAAGAGCGCAAUGGAUUCACCGGCGAGCGGUCGCAGCGCUCCGGCGUACGGCGGCGCGGGGACGACCAGCUCUCGGCGAGAGGAAGGCGUCGGCUGCUGCCUGGGUUGGAGGCGAAUCGACGGGAGCUCGGGCGUGGUUGCAGGCAGCAGGGACGCCCGGUCAGGCGGCGGUGCACGACGAGCAGCUCGCCACCCCGUAUGGGCGUGGUUGCAGGCAUCUGGGAGAAGAAAGGAGUGUAGGAGGAGAAAAGGAUAGAGACAGAGGAGUGGGGCGGCGUUCGGGACGGCUGUCGUUCAUGCCGAACGAGCUUCUUCGCUGA